GCUUUUUCUCAAGGUAGGACAGACACUUCCAGCUUUGACGACUUGUAUCUUUUGCAGAGAAACGAAGAAAAGAAGAGGAGGAAAAAAAAAAAAAAAAAAACGACGAAGAAAAAGGCGACGUCGUGAUUACGCGUCAACGUCCGACUUUUGCGCGAAUCUCCGUGACGCGCGACUUGGCCGCGAACAGCCCACUUCCACACAAGCCGGUUCCGAAGCCCCCCCCCCCACCCAUCCUCGCCCCCCCCAACCAUACAAUAAGAAUCACCUACUAGUAUCAACUACUAAGUUUUCUAAUCGAGCACCGAUUCACGGCACGCGACGAGGAGAAAGUUCCCCGCUUGAGGGCGAAAGCAGACUUUUUGUGUGCAGGAGAGGACGCCAAGUUUGCCAACGUGCCGAAGGAGUUCGUGAGUUCUGUCAGAUGCGACAUGCAGCCAUGCAUUCCUGCGCUGCUGUGUGACUGUGACGGCUUGUCAUCUCGCAGGAAUGUCCCGCUCUCCCACCUCGUCGCUGCCUUUUUGGCGCACAGAGUUUGCUUCUGGUUUCAUACACACACACACACACACACACACACACACACACACACACACACACGCGCACGAGAGACACUCUCAAAACGCUAGCUGCGUGCAGAUGGCGUCAAUCAGGCCAUCAUUUUCAAAUGUCAUAUUUUCAUGCGAAUGAAGUAGCAAUAUUACUACAAUGCAGUGAGGGAAAAAAAAACUUUUGGAAGAGGGGGGUGGGGAGUUGUUAGCAGAAAAAAAAACACGCUAUAAUUUUAUGAGAAUAAAGUCAUAAUAUUAGGAGAAUCCAUUUAUAUUAUUACCAGACAGUCUUUAAUAGUACACAAAUACUGGAAAUUUGUUAUGUUACCAGAAUAUUUGUGAUUACACAAGAAAUAAUGUUGCAAACUUACGAGAAAAACAGCCUUAAUGUUCCGACAAAAAAUUAUUGUUAUCAGAAAAAGUUGUACGAUUCUGAGGAUGAGGUCAUUUUAGGAGAAAAAAAGUUAGUCUUCUUGUAUGAGAACAAAGAUGUCCAAAUAUCUGCACGUAUGCGGAAAGGCCGAAAACCAACAUUGAAUGCCCGUGACCUUCGAUCUCUCAGGUGGCACUGCAUUAAAAACCGGCAUGAUUUUGUUAAGGGUUAUUGCCACGUGGGCUCAGGAACACAACAACAACAACAACAACAACAACAAAACAUUGCCAGUUAGCACAGUUCUUUGCUACAUCUACAAUUGCAAGUUGCAACCCAGAAACAUAAGAAACGCCGCCGUCCAGCUCCUCUGGGCCCGAACUCAUCUGAGAUGGACUGACGCAAAGUGGAAAAGUCUGCUGUGGUCGGACGAGUCCACACUGUAAAUAGUUUUUGGAAAUCGAGACCUUGUGUCCUCCGGGUGUUUUUGUUGCCUAUGGAUUUAAUUUCCUUAUGUUUCAUGUCUUGUUUCCCUUUAUCUCUUUUACUGCUCACAAGGUUUUCGUUUCCACCUGCUCUCGUCACCCCUAUGCCUUGAGUCGACCAAUCAGCUCCCUCCAGUCACUUGUGUCUUGUCCAGGUGUGCCUCGUUGUCUCGCCAGUUUGAGUCGUAAUUAGUUCCCUGCUUUCUUUCAGUCUGGGGCAGAUCAUCGUUGCUGCAAGUCACAUUUCCCUAGUUUUGUCAUGUCCAAGGAGGCAGAUGUGAGAGGCAGCAGUGAGCGCCACACAGCCCCACAGGAGCCCACCACCACCACCACCACCACCACCACGACCACCGGCAGUGACCCGGAGACGCCCAGCACGCCGCCGCCUCUCCCUCAGCCAGCAGCCAAGGCUGAGCACGGAGCCGCCGCCGCCGCCGCCGCCGCCGGCCCCGAGCGCGAGCCCUCCGGUAGGAGCAGCGGUGCGGGCGAGAGCUCCAUGCAGUUCAGCACCAGACCGCCCAGCGCCGAGCAGCCGGGCUUCAUGGGGACAUGGCAGCAGCAGAGCACUGACGGCAACCUCCUCUACAGAAUGUCCCAGCAGGCCAUUCGCUGCACACUGGUCAACUGCACGUGUGAGUGCUUCCAGCCGGGCAAGAUUCACCUGCGCACAUGCGACCACUGCAAACAUGGCUGGGUGGCUCACGCCCUAGACAAGCUGAGCACGCAGCACCUGUACCACCCGACGCAGGUGGAGAUCGUGCAGUCCAACGUGGUCUUCGACAUCAGCAGCCUGAUGCUGUACGGCACGCAGGCGGUGCCGGUGCGGCUCAAGAUCCUGCUGGACCGCCUCUUCUCCGUGCUCAAGCAGGAGGAGGUGCUGCACAUCCUGCACGGCCUGGGCUGGACCCUGCGGGACUACGUGCGGGGCUACAUACUGCAGGAUGCUGCGGGCAAGGUGCUGGAUCGCUGGACCAUCAUGUCCCGAGAAGAGGAGAUCAUCACCCUGCAGCAGUUCUUGCGCUUCGGCGAGACCAAAUCCAUCGUGGAGCUGAUGGCCAUUCAGGAGAAGGAAGGUCAGGCUGUCACCGUUCCUUCCGCCAAGACCGACUCCGGGAUUAGGACAUUCAUUGAGAGCAACAACAGGACGCGCAGCCCUGGACUACUUACGCAUUUAGAAAAUAGCAGCCCAUCUAGCAUUCACCAUUUUGAGAAUAUUCCCAACAGCUUAGCCUUCCUUCUACCGUUCCAGUACAUUAACCCCGUGUCCGCUCCCAUGCUCGGCUUGCCCCCCAACGGACUGCCGAUGGAACAAUCUGCUCUCCGGCUUCGAGAGCCCAGCUUGCCCAACCAAGUGGAACAGGUGGAGACUAGCGAGUCAGACGUGUCCCUGUCGCCCUUCCGUACCGGCCAGAGUCCGAGCCGCGGAGCAGUCUGCGCCAUGAACAACAACACUGAACCCAAAGUAGAGCCUAGUAACAGGGCGUCACCCAUCUCGCCAUCUCCGUCCCUCCAGCAGGCUCAGCAGCACCAAACCCAGCAGCAGGGCCAACAGCAGUCCCAAAACCAGUCUCAGCAGCCCAACACACUGAGCGACCACCAGGUUCACCACCACUUUGUCAAGGAGGAGCAGUCCAAGUCCAUAACUCACACUUCAUUUUCCUCCAAAAUGCACCGCAUGCGCCGCAUGGGCUCCACUUCUCGCAAAGGCCGUGUGUGCUGCAACUCUUGUGGCAAGACCUUCUAUGACAAAGGCACACUUAAGAUACACUACAACGCAGUGCACUUGAAGAUUAAGCACCGCUGUACCAUCGAGGGUUGCAAUAUGGUCUUCAGCUCCCUGCGCAGCCGCAACCGUCACAGCGCCAACCCAAAUCCCCGGCUGCACAUGCCCAUGCUGCGCAAUAACCGUGACAAGGACCUCAUCCGUGCCAACUCCAACUCUGGCACACCCGUCAUCUCAAGUACCAAAAAUGGUGGCUUCGCACUUACCAGUCCUGGCAGGCCACCGCUGGGCUUCACCACUCCACCAGUAGACCCUAUGCUUCAGUCCCCACUGCAAAGCCCACUGGUGUUCCCCUCUCUAAAGUCAGUGCAGCCGGUGCAACCUGUGCCUCCGUUCUAUCGUACGCUACUUUCCCCGGCAGACCUAGUUAGUCCACCUGUUUCACUGCCCACAAGCCCCAUUUUACCCACCACCACCAACAGUACCACACUGAUGGACCAGCAACAGCAGAUGCUGGCUGCGGCUGUGGCUUCGCACAAUAAUAUUCACAUGUCCGAGAUGGGAGCAAUGGCCCAUAGAGUAAACGCAUCUGGUGGCAAUCAGGAGGCCACGACGGGCCCCGCUGACCCCACGCCCAAGAAAAAGCCUCGUAAAUCCAGCAUGCCCGUGAAAAUCGAGAAGGAGGUGAUUGACGUCGCAGAUGACUACGAGGACAAGGACGAGGAUGACGAUGAUCAUAUCAACCACAAUCACCACCAUCACCGCUCGUCGCUUCUUCACAACACGCACAUCAAAAUGAACGGAAACUACAAUAGCAACAAUAACAGCGGCACAGGAAACCACAGCGGCGGUAGCGGCCAGCAAUCCCCUUCCCAAGAUGAGAUGAGCCCUGGGAUUACUCUGCGUGGCAUGAUGAGACAAAGUGAAGACGAAUGCCGGGAGGGAGGUGGCAGUGACAGUAGGGGGGAGCUCCGAGGCUCAAGCGACCUACGCUGUAUGGACAGCUACACCUCUGAGGACCAAGACCAUGAAAGAGACUUUGAGAACGAGUCGGAAAAUUCAGACUCCAAGAUGUAUUACCGGGACGAGAUGAUGGAUGUGGAGGAACAGCUGAAACACUCCAAAAGUGGUAAAGACCACAACGAUGAUGGCCACGAAGAAGGCCAUUUGAGGAAAGAAAUGGAAGGCAAGGGACAACUAUCGCCAUCUCCCCACCAGGCAUCUAUCAAGAUCAAGGAAGAGCUCAACGACCCCACUUACGACAUGUUUUGCAUGAGCCAGUACGGCCUCUACAGCGGAGGCAUGGCGGCGGCGGCGGCUGCUGCCGCCAGUAUGGCCGCCCUGCACGAGAGCUUCAUCUCCUCGAUGGGCUACGGUGCCAGCCCGCCCAAGUUCCCCACUUCCCAAUCACCGGAUGGAGACCCAUGCUCGAGUCCGGACCCUAAGAUCUGCUACGUGUGCAAGAAGAGCUUCAAAAGCUCCUACAGCAUGAAACUGCACUACAAGAACGUACACCUCAAAGAGAUGCACGUGUGCACUGUAGCUGGCUGCAACGCUGCAUUCCCUUCCCGGCGGAGUCGAGACAGGCACAGCUCCAACAUUAACCUGCAUCGCAAACUGCUGACCAAAGAGCUGGACGACAUCGUCCUGGACCCCCAACUCACGCCGCUGCCCAAGGACUUCCGAGCCGAGUUAUUGGCCAAGAUCUACGCCGGGCACCACCACCACAUGGCUUUGGAGCAGAUGGGCGGGAUGGCUUUCCGAGGCUUCGGGCCCGCCGCCGCCUUGAUGCACGCUGCACAUUCCCCCACGGGCAACGAGUAUACCCAGCACCCUCUCCACCAAGACCUGAAGAACCACCACCACCGCGGCUUCUCUCGGGGCCGGCCGGACGACUACGUGGUCCUGGACCUGAGCACCGCCUCCAGCAUCCAGUCCAGCGGCAGCAUCCACUCCUCGCACGAGUCCGACGAGGGCAGCGACGAAGGCAUCCUAUUGGAUGACCUGGAGGAGGAGGAUGAGGAUGAGGAGGGUAUGGAGGAUGACGAGGAGGGCAACAGCGACGGGGAGGAUUGCGACGGGGGCCGUGGGAAUGAAAGCGGAGAAAAGAGAGGACGAGGCGCGCGCUCGGAAUCGCCGUUCCACCUCUCGGCAGAUAACGGCGGCGGGGUCGUCUGCAACAUCUGCCACAAAAUGUACAGCAACAAGGGGACGCUGCGCGUGCACUACAAGACGGUGCACCUGCGCGAAAUGCACAAGUGCAAGGUGCCCGGCUGCAACAUGGUGUUCAGCUCGGUGCGCAGCCGCAACAGACACUCGCAGAACCCUAACCUGCACAAGAACGUGCCCUUCGCCACACUCAUAGACUGAACCUCCUCCAAAACCACCUCCCUCCUCCAGGACCACCGCCGCCUGUGUCCCGAAACCCUGACUUUUCCUCCUUUCGGAAAGAACAAUCACUCAAGCGAGGACUUCAUGCUUUAUUCAUUUUUUUUCUUUUUGUUAGGUUUGAUUGUCAUUAACUUCUUCCCCCCGUUUUAUCUCCAAAGAAUCUAUCAAACCUCUUAUUUGUGACGUUGCCUGCAGACAAGAUAGUAUUGAGGAAAAAAAUAAACUUCUUGUUGUAUUUGUGUAAUGAUAGCUUUUAAACGAACACCCCUUAAAACGGAGGGGGAAAAAAGCAUGACAGCUUCAUUUGUAAAUAAUGUCCCCGAGAGGCUUUUUGGUGUAAGACUUAUGUUGAUGCUCAUUUGUUCCUCUCUCCUCCUUCUUCUUUUUUUUUUUUUUGCUUCUGUCGUUUACAGUUUUAUGUUACAGUCCAGUACAAUACUUCCAGCUUUAGGUAAGAAAGAAAGAGGUAGCAUCUUCACUAUCUUGAGUAAUUUUAUCACUACAGGGGGGAAAUGAGAGGGGGGGGUGGAAAACAAUAUCAUGUGAAUUACUUUAGAUGUUAGAUAUCCAGAGGUGGCCGGCAUGCUCUUUGAGGCUCCUACACUGAUAUCAUUGUUUUCUAUUGAUUUUUCUUCCUUUUUUUUUCCCUUUCAUGUUUAUGAGCUUUAUUAGUAUACAAUUCAGUUUUUUGCACUUUGCAUCUAUACGAGGGAAUGUGUAAUAUUAGUCGAAGUGAGGACUUUUUUUUUUUUUUGCAAUGGUGAGUGAAGAGAUGUGCUGUUUGACGGUAAACUUUAACAUACUCGCACCAGUUUCCUUUUUGCACGUGGCCAAGUAAAAAGAAAAAGAAAAAAAAGACAAUUCCCCUAGAAUGCCGUCACUUAAGCAGGGUACACACAUACCUAUAAUUUGAUAAUUUUCUUUCCUAUUCCGAUCAAAGUCUCUUAAAGAUUAUCCUGUGUGAUUGUCCCGUGGCAUUGUGGUAUUUUCCUCCCCAAUCUGCUCGGAAAACAGUUGAGGGUCGACAACUGUAAAUGUUAAACCUGUUCAAUACUUACGAUUUCAAAUCCUUAUGCGAGUGGUUAUCACCAAGUUCAGCCGAGAAAAUCGGUUAAGGUGUUUAAAAAAAAAAAUUAUUUGGGGGGAAAAAAAAGUAAAUCAAAUAAAAUGAAAUCGGUAUGUGUGCACCCCGCUUCCACAACAAUUCAUUGAGUAACAUAAUCAAACAAGAACUGUCCUCACCCAAUGGAACCGUAACAAAAUAGUCCUUCCACUGUGACCAAACUAACACAAAAAGCUCUUUUGGUAUUAAUGUACUUAAAACCCCCUUCGAUUGAUAUGAUGCACUUGAGUCUUAAAAAAAAUCAUUUUGCUGUGACAUCGUCAGCUGCAAAUCUGUGAGAAAAAAAACAACAAAAAACAAACAAACAAAAAAACACUUACACGACUAUCUUAUGGUACAAUUACAUCCAGUGGUCCAAGUAGCCAAGGGAACGGGGUAUUUAUUGGUGGGUAGAGAUGUGUUAAUUAAGUCCAGUAUUUUUUCCUUUUUAUUUGGGGGAGGGGGAAAAGAAAAAAAAAAAAAAAAGAAAGAGUUCCUUCCUCCUUGGUUUUAACAGUGUCUGAGCAAUGCCAUGUGUUACUAUACAACAACCUUUUUGGUGUUACUUGACUUGGUGCUACACACAGAAGGACAAAUUAUGCAGUGUUACGUGGUGAUCUAUGUACAGUAUUUACAACACCUACCCAUUUGUUUCAUAGUACAGUAAACACCGUGAGUAACUGACGCCCCCAAAAAUAUGCAUAGUCGCCGAUAAGAGUUGAAACCAUAAAUAUACCACAAACGAUCAACUGCUACUCAUUUUGAAGUCCUCUUUUCCAGAAUUGCCCAUGAAAUUCAAAGAAACAAAUGCACCUGAAGUGCAUGUGUAAUAACAAUUGCCAAGCAAUAACGAGACGCCAGUCAUUUGUUCGCUUGAACCUUUUAAUACCACUCAUACACAUUCGGCGAAGACUUUUCCUUAACUUCCACUAACAACCCAGGCUAAACUUAUCUCCUCCCUGACAUACAAAAAUCUCAAAAUAGUCGAGAUGCAUCACUUCAACAUGCUUGCAUCCAUCCAUCCAUUUUCUUUAUCCUCACAAGGGUCACGGGCGUGCUGGAGCCUAUCCCAGCCAUCUUCGGGCGAGAGGCAGGGUACGCCCUGAACUGGUCGCCAGCCAAUCGCAGGGCAACAUACUUCCUUGAGACUAAUUAUUACUUUCCUAUUAGUGUUAGCAUUAGGGCGGCGGGUGAGCCGGCGCCAGCCCACCUGACGUUUGGGCAAGAGGGGGGGUACGCCACGGACUUUUCGCCAGUCAAUCGCAGGGCACAUGUCGACAGACAACCAAUCACGAUCAAAUUCGAGCCUUCGUUGAACCGAACAUGCGAGUUUUGGGAAUUUGAGAGAAAGCCGAAAAUAAAACCGAUGCAAGCCCAGAUUCAAACCCCGAACCUCAGAAUUGUGACGCAGACGUGCUAACCACUCGUGCACUGUGCUGCCUGUUUAAAAAAGAAUUCAAUUUAAAAGACACAGUAGUAGUACAAUGGCGAACCGAACUGCACAGUGCUUAGUGUAAACGUGGCUUAAAUGUGCUGAAACCGUCAGUGACCAUGCUGCUGGUCCAAAUGAAUCUUUUCGAUUCAAUUCCACACAGUUGAGCAGAGGACCUGUUCCUCACUGUUUUCACGUCACGGAGCGAAUGCGUAUGGUGUUAAUGUAGCUCGCGCGGGAUCACAGAUUAAACACGCUAAGUCGGUUUGUAUAGAUGCUUCCUUCUUUUUCUUUUUACACUCGUCUUAAUUUGAACUGGAACCUGUGAAAUGUCAACAGUCUUAAAGAAGAAGAAGAAUACAAAUGUUGUAAAUUCAUAUUGCUGAUGUUUUGUGCCAAUCAUACUUUAGCGUUUUUAGGUAGUACACUUGAGGACCUGCGUAUACGUCUUAAAAAGGCCUGAGUCGCAGCGACGCGGCAACGCAAAGCCGGAUGUAUUGUAUGUGCUUUGCCGGGGAGAUAAUGGUGGGUUUCGAAGCCUCGUCAACACUGCAAAAGUUACUUCAAACGGUGUUUCCCAUUUGCAGACAAGAGGGGAAUAAGCGGUCCUCUUUCAUUCCCCAAAAGAAAAUAAUCCUUUGCUCUUUUUUUUUGGUUUGUUUCUGUAUCAUAACUGUUCAUGUUUUUGGGUUCGUUUUUUUUUGUUGUUGUUGUUGUUGUUGUUGCAUAAAAUGCAUAAGGGUUUUGGGAUGUAAAUGGAAUUUUAUUCAUAUUUUGUCCAAAUACCUCUUGUAAUUUGUAUCAGAAUUCUUGUACAAUUUUUAUAUUAAAGAUUUAUCAGUCACUG